UUGCGUGUAGACUUCUUCAGGAGCAACAUAACCAUGAAGUACUUCAUCGUCUUCGCUCUCUUUGCUGCAGCAUAUGCUGCUCCCAUUGAGGACGACAAAAUUGUCGGAGGUUAUGAGUGCAGAAAGAACUCUGUGGCCUACCAGGUGUCUCUGAACGCUGGCUACCACUUCUGUGGAGGCUCCCUGAUCUCCAGCACCUGGGUGGUCUCUGCUGCUCACUGCUACAAAUCUCGUAUUCAGGUGCGUCUCGGUGAGCACAACAUUGCCACCAAUGAGGGCACUGAGCAGUUCAUCAACUCUGCUAAGAUCAUCCGUCACCCCAGCUACAACAGCUACAACCUGGACAAUGACAUCAUGCUGAUCAAGCUGAGCUCCCCUGCUUCCCUGAACAGCUACGUCCGCACCGUGUCUCUGCCCUCCAGCUGUGCUGGGUCUGGCAGCAAGUGUCUGAUCUCCGGAUGGGGAAACACCAGCAGCUCUGGAAGCUACUACCCUGACCGCCUGAGGUGCCUGGAUGCCCCCAUCCUGAGCGACAGCAGCUGCAGAAACUCCUACCCCGGACAGAUCACCUCCAACAUGUUCUGCGCUGGAUUCCUCGAGGGAGGCAAGGACUCCUGCCAGGGUGACUCCGGUGGUCCCGUGGUCUGCAACGGUCAGCUGCAGGGUGUUGUGUCCUGGGGUUACGGCUGCGCCCAGAGGAACAAGCCUGGAGUUUACACCAAAGUCUGCAACUACAACGCCUGGAUUCGUAAUGUCAUGUCCUCUUACUAA